AUGUAUCUAAGCAAAGCACUCGGCCUGCUCUUCGCGACAGGUCCUCUUCUCAUCAACGCUAUCUCUUCUGAGCCACUCUCUACCUCCGGGCGAUGGAUCGUUGAUUCUGCCGGCAACAACGUCACCUACGCCGGGGUCAAUUGGCCUGGUGCUGCCGAGGCUAUGUUGCCGGAGGGGCUGCAGUACCAGUCUAUCGAAUACAUUGUCAGCAAGAUCAAGAGCCUGGGCAUGAACGUCAUUCGUCUUACCUUUGCCGUCGAGAUGAUCGAUGAUAUCUAUGAAAAUGGUGCUGAUGUGCCUAUCAAGACAUCCUUGAUCAAUGCCUUGGGAGAGGCGAACGGAACAUCCGUAUACAAUGAGAUCAUCAGCCACAACCCUCAAUUCAAUGAAGACACAACUCGAUUGGAGGUCUACGAUGCGGUCGCCAACGAAUGCUACAAGCAAGGCAUCUACGUACACUUCGACAACCACAUCUCCAAAGCCAUGUGGUGCUGCAGCACCACUGACGGCAACAGCUGGUUUGGGGACACCUACUUCAACGUUGCGAACUGGCACCGUGCAUGGACCUAUAUGGCAGAUCAUGUCAAAUCUCUUCCCGCAGUCAAAAGCAUUGGCAUGAGGAACGAGCUUCGCACACCAGCAGACAACGCAACGUUGACCAGCACUUCCUACAACUGGGUGGACUGGUACGCCAACAUGGUUGAGAACGCGAAGCAGGUGAACAGCGUCAAUCCAGAUCUCCUGAUCUUCUUCUCCGGUCUCAAUUUCGACGUGGAUCUAUCUCCGAUCCCCACUGCCUCCGACCUGGGCAACGGGACCGCUUUCCACAAGACCGAUUUCAGUUUCGCAGAUAAGAUCGUUCUGGAGCUCCACAACUACGAUUCUUCUGCCUCGAGCUGCAGCAGUCUGUCCUCGAGCUUGCUAAGUGAUGGCUUUGAAGCGUUGGAGACUGACGACUCGAGCAUUGUGAAUGUCCUGCCUGUCGUUCUUACGGAGUUUGGCUAUGCGCAGGACAGCACCACAUACACCGAGGUGUAUGCUUCGUGCCUCAGAACAUGGAUCCCGAGUGUGCAUGCGGGAUGGAUGGUUUGGGUUCUGUCUGGUAGCUACUAUAUCCGGGAAGGCAUCCAAGAUUACGACGAGACAUGGGGUCUCCUCAACCACAACUGGUCUGACUGGCGGUCAAGUCAGACGAUAGAGAACGCCAUCAUUCCAAUGGUAGAAGCUAGCCUGGGCUAG